GACACCCUUAGCGAUGCCAGGGGUCCUUUCGAGGUCCUGUGAAUGUGGCGCGGCAUGGAAAUUUGAGUUGAUGAUGGAUAAUAGUUUUUUGAACAGCAGAAAAGUCCGAAUGACUACUUUUGAUCUCUACUAGAGUCAUGUUUUCGGAUCAAACUUGUUGGUUUGUCCGCAAGGUGAUAUGCUGGAGGGCUGCGGCCAGCAUUGCCUGGGCUGUCCUCCUGUUGCCACCCAGCACAGCCGUCUUUGUCAUCCUCAGCAGAUUCAGUCCUCUCCUCCCGAUCAAGACCAUAUCAGAAUGUUUGUCCGUCAUGACGAGCACAAGCACCAUUUUUUCCUUCGUCUUGCUGUGCGCCGUCACCGUCAUGGUUGGAUUCCUGAUCUUUGAGUACUAUACAGUGGUCCCAAGCAUCGCCUGCUCCAAAAUUGCCCUUUUGGCUCAGCUGCUUCACCCACGCCACGUUGUCAACUCCCUGGUCCACUGCGUUAUGGGCAUCAUUGUGGCCUGGUGCGCCGCCGUCACCAUCGGGGGCAGAUAUGAGAUGUUGGGAUAUCCGUGUGCCCAGAGUGAGGGGCCUCCUCAGGUGUGUCUGAACGAGUACCAUCUCAUCCUCUGCCUGGCGGGAGCCUUCGUUGGCUUUUCCCACAGUCUGUUUGGUGUGAUCCACAACAUCAACUAUGUCUCCUUCCACGUUGUUCAGCAAUACAAGUAUCUUCGCUUUAAGUCGUCCCUGCCACUUGUGGUCAAGUGCAGCGCCACUCAAGCACUCUACUCCGUUAGGAACUACAUCAUAGUGUACUUCUUUUUGGGUUAUAUUCCAAGAGAAUGGAUCUGUAAAACUUUCCAUCUCCACAGGGACAGCUCCGCCCAUCGUCUGGACACCAUCGCCGGACUGCUGGACUUGUCCUUGCUCUACCACCUGUGGAUCAGCGCCACCUUCCUGCUCUUCAGCUGGUACAUCACUCUGCUCCUCUUCAGGAUCUUUGUCACUGAGGGAUACAUAUUUCCAGUGCAGUCAUCUUUUACUGAGGAUGUGCACCAAUGUCUUCCCAAAGUCCUGAGUGAGCCCCAGCCGGCUAUUUUAAAGUUCCUUGCCCUGCAGGACUUGGCUCUGCUCUCUCAGCACUCGCCACCGCGUCGUUGCGAGGUGUUCAGCCUGAGUCAGCCAGGUGGUCAUCCUCACAACUGGAACUCCAUCAGCAGGGAGUGUCUGUCGCUGCUGGCUGACCUGACGCAGCGACUGGUGGCGUAUCACGACAGCGUGGCGACAAACGGCAGGGCCAAGUCGCUGUCCACGGGGAGUGAAAGGAAGUCCUCAUCAGAGACGUCCACAGUAUCUUCAGGCCUGGAGGAUGUGAUGAGUCCGCGGCCCACCACCUUCCUGUCCAAGACGCCAGCGUCUGUCUUUGCCCCCUCCGUCGGCGGCGUGGCACAGAGCCCCCUGACCGCCCCUUUCACACCUCCCAGCCUGGACAGCCCCUUCGCCUGGUCUGGCCUGCGUCGUCUCACAGCUCCUGUGGAUCAGGGCUCGCCGUGGCACGGUGCCGUGCAGAGCCCCCAUGUCAUGAGGAGGGCCCCCAAGCUGUGGUCCACCUCUACAGAUUCACAGCUCAGCGGCAGCCUGGAAUCGUCGCCUGUCCCCCUGCCCGGUCCCAAGCAGGACGCCCCCAAACCCAACCUUCUGGCCCAGUUCCUCCACAACCGAAAAGAGCAGGUGAAAACCUACCUGUCAAAGCGGGUGCUCAUAGCCUACCUGUUCAACAAGCUUCCAGAGGCCUCCAGUGAAGCGCUCUUUGCCGACAGCCAGGCCCACAUUUGGGCUUUAGAAGGACUGUCCUACCUGGUCCAAGCCUCCUUCUCCGAGGACCACUUUGGAGUGGUCCAGACGGCGUUACCCAGCAUCCUCUCAUGUAUGCUGCUGCUGCAAGAGGCAGUCGACCGGCACUUCAAGCUGCCUCAUGCUUCCACCAAACCCGUGAGGACCACCGGCAGCAUGGGAGACUCGGCCUACAAGACGCUGCGCUUCGCUCUCAGGGCUGCACUAAAGACGGCCAUAUACCGAAUAACCACCACCUUUGGAGAUCACCUGAAUGCUGUUCACAUGUCGGCAGAUCACCGCAAGAGACUGCAGCACUUUCUCCACUACAAAGAAUAACCUUUAAUGUUCAUGUCCAAGCACACCAACUGGGAGCAAGAAAAAGACAACAGUCACAGGUCAGAUGCCUGUUUGUACAUAUUAGCUUUUUUUUAGGACUGCUAUGCUUUGCUAAAUAAAAAUAUGAUGUCAACAAUACGUUAUUGUUUGGAGUCAGAGGAGGAAAAACCUUGGCGUCGCUCAGGAGGGAAAGGCGCUGCCAGUGUCUUUGGGUGGGAUGCUUCGCUGACAAAGAUGCUGACCUAUAACCCGGAAUAAACGCUGAUAUCAAUGUAGCUGGAUAUU